AUGCGCGCCGCCCCCGCCCUCCGCUUCAACGCCGCCGUCCUGCUCUCAAAUGCCGUCGCGGCCUUCGCCCUGAACCUGGCUGUCUUCCUGCUGAUCGGCAAGACGAGCGCGCUCACCAUGAACAUCGCGGGCGUCAUCAAGGACUGGGCGCUCAUCUUCUUCAGCUGGGCGCUGUUCCACGCGCCGGUCACCACGCUCAACCUCGUCGGUUACGUCUUCUGCUGCUCGGGUGUGGUUUGGUACAACCACCUGAAGCUGAGAGAAAUAAAGCAGCGCGUUGCCAAGCAGCACUCGGGCGGCGGCGGCGGCGUCCUGCCGACGACGGCGGGCGCGGCGGGCGGCGCGGCGGCGCGCGGCAAGGCGCGCGGCAGCAGCGACGACGAGGAGCGGCAGCCGCUGGUCGACGUUGUCGUCACUCACAGGAGCAAGGGCGAGAUCCUGUCGGAGAUCCGGCGGCUGCAGGAGGAGAUGGAGCAGAUUGACCAGCGCGUCAUGGGGGCAAGCAGCAACCGCCUAGGGCUGGCCAACCUCGGAGCCUCCGAAUCGGGCCUCGGCGGCGGCGGCGGUGCGGAGCCGGGCAGCGCGCCGGCGGUUGGCUUGGCGGCGAGCAGCAGCGGCAACAACAGCAGCAGCAGCAGUGCACUCAAUGGGCUGUGGGCGUCGGCCGGGGAGCUGAAGAGCCGCGGGGCGGCGCAGGCGGCCGGGGCGGUGGACGGCGGCAGCGGGUUGAGAGUGGUGGUGCCGCCAGUGUCGCUAGACGUCUCGAGCAAGGACGCUUGA